CCCUUACACACCCCCUGCUCUGGGGCUCUGUUCUCAGGCCGGCCCAUGGAGCUCCCCCUGGCCCAGAUAUGCCCCCAAGGAAGCGGCCGAGCCCCUGCCCCUACCUUCAGCACCUUCCAGCCCGUGGAACUGCCCUGCAGGACCUGCCAGGACGUGGGCCUGCUUCAGGGGCCCAGACUCCAGGCCCUGAAGGCUGAGGAGGCCCAGCCCAGCCCCAGAGUCGAAGCUGUCCAUGCUGCGGCAGGUGGGAACUCGGCUGGCGCAGCGUCCUCCUUGGCUCCCAUCCCCCCACCGGCAUCUCCUCAACUCCCAGGGGCUGCUUCCGGCCCAGAGGAUGCUGGGAAGGCCGAGGAGGGGCUUGAGGAAGGAGGCCAGUCCCUGCAGGCCGAGACCCGGGCUUGGUUCCAGAAGACCCAGGCCCACUGGCUUCUGCAGCAUGGGGCAGCCCCUGCCUGGUUCCACGGCUUCAUCACCCGGAGGGAGGCCGAGAGGCUGCUGGAGCCCAAGCCUGAGGGAUGCUACUUGGUGCGGUUCAGCGAGAGCGCUGUGACCUUCGUGCUGACCUACAGGAGCCGGACUCGCUGCCGCCACUUCCUGCUGGCCCAGCUCCGGGACGGGCGCCACGUGGUGCUGGGCGAGCACAGCGCCCACGCGCGGCUGCAGGACCUGCUGCGACACUACACGGCGUGCCCGCUCGGCCCCUACGGGGAGACGCUCACCGAGCCCCUCGUCCGCCAGCAGACGCCUGAGCCUGCAGGACUUUCCCUGAGCACUGAAAUGUCAGACUCUGGAAACAAGGACCCACACCCUCACUAUAGCCGGACCAUCAAGAAGUCGCAGAACGUGACCCCCACGCCGAAGGCGGGGCCCGGGGAACAGAAGGAGCCGCCCAGGCCCAAGCCUCCCGUGCCCGCCAAGCCUCAGCUGCCCCCCGAAGUCUACGCGAGCCCGGCCCCGAGGCCGCGCCCGGCCCCGCCCCCCAAGCCCUCCAAUCCCAUCUACCAGGAGCCUGACGAACCCAUCGCCUUCUAUGCCAUGGGGCGGGGCAGCCCCGGGGAAGCCCCCAGCAACGUCUACGCCGAGGUGGAGGUGCCGCCGGGCGCUGGGGGCCAGCCCUGCGGCCUCGGGCACCUGGCCCUGCGCAGGUGCAGGUCCAGGCCCGUCGCGGGAGGCCAGAAUUCAGGUGGCCGGCAACCGCACUCUGAGAACUCUGUGCCUGGACAAGGCCCUCCCAUGCCCCACCAGCCCCUGCCCAGCUGGGGGCACACCCUCCCCCACAAGCUUUCUAGACAGAGGACAGAGGACAAAGGACAGGCGUGGCUUCCCCUGGGGCCUCCUCAGGAACCCGGUCUGGCCCCUCUCCCCGAAAGAAGCCUGGAGUUCGAGGAGCAAAGGUGGACUCGGCUCCCUUUUAGGGACACACGCACUGGUUCCGUUCCGGGAGUCCCCGAGAAUCCGGGGGCUCAGUGAUCCAAGGGCCUCUGAGGAAGUGUGCUAGGACAGCCCUGCUGCCUCCUACUGCCCUGGCUUCUCCUCCCAGAGUCUGAUUUCCUUGGCCCUCUUGAGCCUUUGGGUCUGGGCCAUGGUCCAAUGCUGCUGUUGUCUGAGGAAGGGUUUGGCGAGAACAGAUGUUAGAACUUGUUUGUUGAUUCUUGUCUGGCUAAUAAAUCAUCGCCAACCACCUCUCCCCACAGGGA